AUUAUAUGAAAGUCCACUGUUAUGAAUUGAUUAAACAAAGUCCAAAUAUUCAAAUAUUUCCAAUGACAUCCAGUCAGGGGCGGACUGAGAACUCAUGGGGCAAUAGGGGAUCAUGGGGCCCCUGUGUCCUUGCCCACACUCAUAAGAGCCUAUAAAAAAGGUACCAGGGGCAUUUCAUGGGGCCCCCUACUGACCUCGGGUCCUCGGGCAGUGCCCGAGUGCUCGAAUGGUCAGUCCGCCCCUGCAU